AUGGGCCUCCACAACCCGCUCCCGUCGUCUAUGGCGUCGGAAUGCAAAAAGUGCGGCAAGAUCCUGACCUCUUUUAUCGAUCCUCGGCAAGCCUUCAGUCCCGACAAGAUCAUUCCUCCCUCCGUACUCGCCAACGCAAAGGGUCUUGCGAUUCUCACUGUCCUCAAGGCCGGUUUCCUUGGCUCCGGUCGCUUUGGCAGCGGUCUUGUCGUCUCACGACUUCCCGAUGGAUCAUGGAGUGCGCCAAGCGCCAUCGGUACAGCAGGUGCGGGAUUCGGUGGACAGAUUGGUUUCGAAUUGACCGACUUCGUCUUUAUUCUCAACGAUGCGAGCGCCGUAAAGACGUUUGCGCAGGCUGGUUCGCUGACGCUCGGUGGAAACGUCUCCAUUGCCGCCGGUCCCGUGGGCCGCAACGCCGAGGCUGCUGGUGCCGCUUCGCUGAAGAGCAUUGCUGGUAUCUUCUCCUACUCCAAGACUAAGGGACUGUUCGCUGGUGUUUCGCUGGAAGGUUCCGUUAUUAUCGAGCGCCGUGACGCCAACGAGAAGCUUUACGGCACCCGCUACACCGCCGCUCAGAUCUUGACCGGCAGCGUCCGCCCCCCGCCCCAGGCUGCGCCCUUGAUGAACAUCCUCAACUCCCGUGCCUUCAAUGCCGGCCGCACUGGCCAGGCUAACGACUCCAUGUACAACGAUAUCCCCGUUCACGACCAGGGCCAGGACGAUUGGAACGGCAACAACAGCCGAGAGUUUGGUAACAAUAACCGUAGUAGUGUCUUCGGUGGCGGAGACAGUGGCGCGAGCGAAUUUGGCGGACCCAAGAGAUCCAGCACGUGGCAGGACGAUGUCUACGAUAGACCUGCUGGUGGUGGUUUUGGUGGAGUCUCGCGUUCCAACACCGGAGUGUCACGUUCCAACACAUUUGCCUCAAGAGGCAAUGACGACUACGUCUAUAGAGACAACCCAUCGCCCAACUUCGGGCUCAACGACCAAAAGACUGGUCCUCCUGGCAGGCCUGCUGCUCCGAAGCCGAAUUUCGCUGGUAAGGCGGCCAUGCUCAAGAAGAACGAGGCUGUUGCGCUCUUCACGUUUGAUGCCGACCAGCCUGGUGAUCUGGGAUUCAAAAAGGGGGAUGUUAUCACGGUGCUGAAGAAGACUGAGAGCGAGACCGACUGGUGGACUGGCAUGAUUGGAACGAGACACGGCAUCUUCCCUAGCAACUACGUGAAAAUGCGUGACUAA